AAGUGCAUAUCUAUCAUUUUGUAUCACAAGUUAAACCAGUCACACACCUCCACACCUGAAACGGAAAAAAAACUGAAAAAAACUAACUUCGUCUUCUUCAAUUCUCUCUCUCCGCCACUUAUUCAAUCCUCUGCAACUAAAUCUCCGAUGCCAAACUCGCUUCACAAUCUGGUCUUUCCAACAACUGCGCUAAAGUCCAUCGGAGCUCCACCUCCCAAUCCAAUCACAACCGUCGGUUCCUGUCAGGUCCACUCUCUCUCUAUCUUUCUUUCCCUCUGAAUUUCAUAAAUUUCGAACUCAAAUUUAUGAUUCAUUGACUUUCCAAUGAUUGAUGGAGAGACGACUGCCGGGGCCUCCUCUCCGGAUCCCUCAAUCCCGCUUGAUCCCAAAUCGGACGGUGUUGGUGACGGCGGCAAUUUCGAUGGCGAUGUUUCGCCCCGAUCGCCUCCGUCGCGCUACUCCUCGUUCGGGGAGUCCGAGUACGAGCGCUAUUGUAGCGCCAACUCGAUGAUGGGCAAGCCGAGCAUGUGUAGCGCAAUCACGGUUUUCAAUGAUUUCCCGGAGCCCAAAUUCGGGUCGUUGAAAAGUUGGAGACUUGGGGAGGAGAGUGGUGGUUUGGAUAAUUUUAGUUUGGGAGGGAGGAUUGAGAGGAAUCGAGAGGAUCGGAGAGUUUUGAGUAGUGGUAGGAUUGAGUUUGGGAAGGAGGAUGGUAGUAUUGGAGGACGGCGGACUGCGAAUUACGGGUCUAGUGGGUCGGAAUUGUAUGGCAAUGAGGAUGCUGGUGGAGCUCAUGAUGUGGAUGAAUUGAUGUCUUGGAAGCUUGAGAGUGGAUCGUCGGGUUUAAGGGGGGGUUUGGAUGUGAAGUAUGGUUCGGAUAAUAGUGACGAGGACAGUGAAAAAGGUACGGAAGUUUGGAGGGGAGUUGUGGGAAGUGAUAGUGUUGGAGCUGGUGUAGCUGCCCAAGAGACCAAUGAUUCGAAAGGGGUUGGGAUUGGGAACCAGUUUGUACCCAAAGUUGAAGAAUUAGAUGGAGGAGAGAUAGGUAGGGAGGAAGGGACCUCUAAUGAGUAUUCAGAGGAAGAGGGGUCCAUGUACAACUAUGGUUCGGAUGAUGAGCGCAAGAGUGGAUUUAGUCAGCAGAGGAAUGUCCACCAUUAUCAGCAAGAAAAACCCCAGAAUGAAAAUCCGUUUCUUAUUAACACAUCUGUAGCCUUUGGCUCCGAUGAUUGGGAUGAUUUCAUGGAAGAGACUGGAGGAAGUAAUUUAGAUUCUUUCACGAACAUAUUUGAGGACCGGAGAGGAGAGAAAGUUGAAACCAAAAGGAAAGUUUCGAAUUCCACUUCCAUCACUUCAGUUGAGCAUCAGAAUGCAUGUCAAACUGAGCAAGGAAAUGACUUGACAGAUGUGCAGCCUGGAUGCAAACAAGUUCAAGCUGAUAGUAAAUCGGUAGAAGAUGUUAACAGUUCCAUGAAGCUAGCUAGUUCUCCAAGUUUUCUUGAAACCGAUAGAGUAGAAGAUGUGAAGGACAUUCCUAUGGCCAGUUAUCAAGUUCAAGCUGUUGCUGAUUUGGUUGAGUUUACCAAAAGUUCUUGUACUACCCCGACUGGUUUUCAAAAUGUUCAAGAACCAGGGCUAGAAGAUUCAAGUGAUAUUCCUUUGACAAAUAAUCAAGUUCCAGGUUCUGAUGAAUCAGCAAAACAUAAUAAAGAUUCCUUGGUUGGCAAUGUCCUUGAACUUCAGCCGGAUCCACAAGCAAAAGAAAUUCCUGACAAAAAGGGUUUGAGCAUUUUGGAUAAUGGUGUUUCUGAUGUGCAUACAUAUAUGAAUACCGGGGAGGUCCUUGGGACUGAUCAUGGCCAAGAUUUAGAACAGAAAAAGUUGGGGACUUUAAAAGUUAAAUUGGACCCCCUUUCGAAUAUCUCAACUAAUCAAAUUAGCAUCUAUUCAACCAGAACUUCUGGAAAUAUGAAGACAGAGUUCCUUGAGGACCAUAAGCCAAGUACACUGCCAUCAACUUUUGAAAAUAAUACCACGAAAAGUCCUGUUUCAGAAGAUAUCCUUGAAGAAUAUCCUAUGCCAGUUAAGACGGAUAAUUUUGAGCUUAAUGAAUUCUAUGAUGAGUUUGUUAAUGAAAUGGAGGAAAUUCUGCUCGACUCUGCUGAGUCCCCAGGGGCAAGGUUCACUCAUAGCAACAGGUUCUUACAAUCACAGCAAUAUCUACCAGUAAGAGAUGGUGGGUCGACUGCUUCUACUUCUGGUACAGAUGAUGCUCAUUUGUUCAAUCAGCAUUCGUUGAGAAUUGAUGGGGUCGAAGUGGUGGGUGCAAGGCAGAAGAAGGGAGAUGUCUCAUUUAGUGAAAGACUGGUGGGAGUUAAAGAAUACACUGUGUAUAAAAUAAAAGUAUUGAGUGGCGAGGAUCAAUGGGAGGUGGAACGUCGAUAUCGCGAUUUCUUUACACUCUAUCGUCGAUUAAAAACAUUUUUUUCUGACCACGGCUGGGAUCUACCUUCUCCCUGGUCUGCUGUAGAAAAGGAAUCCAGAAAGAUUUUUGGAAAUGCGUCUCCUGAUGUUAUUGCAGAGAGAAGUGUUCUCAUCCAAGAAUGUCUACGGUCCGUUCUCCAUUACAGGUUCUUUUCCAGUCCGCCAAGUGCAUUAGUAUGGUUUCUCUCUCCUCAAGAUUCAGUUCCUAGCUCCCUGGAAUCAUAUACACCUGAGUCUCUAACUAGAAGAGCAGACACAGAAGAUAUAUCCACUUUGGGAAAGACCAUAUCACUUAUUGUUGAAAUUCGACAAUCCAAAUCUUUGAAGCAGAUGCUAGAAGCACAACACUAUACUUGUGCUGGAUGCCACAAGCAUUUUGAUGAUGGAAGGACUUUGAUACAGGAUUUUGCACAGACACUAGGAUGGGGCAAGCCUCGACUUUGUGAAUAUACUGGUCAAUUAUUUUGCUCUUCGUGCCAUGCAAAUGAAAUUGCAAUCAUACCAGCAAGAGUGUUGCAUAACUGGGAUUUUACGCAAUAUCCUGUUUCGCAAUAUGCUAAAUCUUAUCUGGAUUCUAUACAUGACCAGCCCAUGCUCUGCGUCAGUGCAGUUAAUCCAUUCCUUUUCUCGAAGGUUCCAGCAUUGCUUAAUGUUAUGGGUGUGAGGAAGAAAAUAGGAACCAUUCUUCCUUAUGUUCGUUGCCCAUUCCGUAAGUCAAUCAACAAAGGAUUCGGGUCUCGAAGAUAUCUUCUAGAAAGCAAUGAUUUUUUUGCACUGAGAGACCUCAUUGAUCUUUCCAAAGGAGCCUUUGCAGUGCUGCCCGUGAUUGUGGAGACUGCCUUGAGGAAAAUUCUGGACCAUAUAACGGAGCAGUGUCUCAUAUGCUGUGAUGUGGGAGUCCCCUGUGGAGCACGACAAGCAUGCAGUGAUCCUUCAUCUCUCAUUUUCCCCUUUCAGGAGGAUGAAAUUGAAAGGUGUCCGUCUUGCGAAUCAGUAUUCCACAAGCCUUGCUUAAGAAAGGUCAUGGACUGCACUUGCGGGGCACGCCUCAGGGAAGACGAACCAGCACAGCUUAUCAAGAGGGCAAGCUCCGGGGUCAGUGCUGAGAUCAGUGGACUUCUGGACUUGUUUGGGGGAGGGUCAGGUUCCGGAUUACUCUCGGGUCUAUUUUCGAAGGUGAAGCCAGAGAAGCCGAGGGAACAUAAAGACAGCGACAACGUCAUUUUAAUGGGUUCGUUACCAAGCACUUCUUUAUAAUCACCUGCAUCUGCAUUGUAUUAUAUAUAUAUAUAUAUUCAUUUUGGCUUGAUUUGAAAUAUGGAAAUUUCAUUGUUUGCACCUGGUAUUGAAUAAUCAUAAGAUAGCGGCCCAACAUUGUGUAGCUAAAUCCUUAAGGUUGGACAAGAAUAUAUUCUUGUUGGCUGGUCCUUGUAUUGUAAAUUUGAACUUUCAGCUCCAUCGUUGUAAUGUUAGCGGUAAAACCCGCCUUUUAAAUAUUGUCAUUUGGGUGAGA